GUCCUGUGUGCCCGUUCAAAGCUUACUCUCCGUUUCAACUUCGGAGGCAUGCCAUUUUGGCCCAUUUAUCCGUCUUCGAAUCGGUGUAUUGGAGCUCUCAGAUCAUUCCGCGCUUUACUUGUGAAGUAUUCACUUGUGCAUACUGUGGGGCGGCGGCCUCAGAAAGUGACCUUAUCAAAGAUCACCUGCACAGUGCUCACGCGAAUAUGUCUUCUACUAACACACAGUGUGCUAUAUUGGCACAACAUAUAGAACUUGGGCACCAUUUAGAUGAUGGACUUGCCAGCGAUUCCGAUGAGGAUCUUCCUGAUCGUCGACCGUUCCUCACUCCAAACCGUACCACCAGUUCCAGUGAGGACGUUUCGGCGCUUGCCGAAUUAGCUGAAACCGGUUUACGAGAUCCGAUUAAUGCAACAGUGAAUACCGCAAGCCAUAAAAAUUGGUCUCCCACUAUCGUCCAAACAACUUCGUCAGCGAACCCGAGUAAUUCACAUAUGUCGUCACCGGAUUCGUCCACUAAGAGAGCCCCAGGCCUGACAGAUCGGGCACCACUGGCCAGGCCUCCCGUUCGCAGAACUGGGCAAGACUGGUCGAAAUUAAUCGCGCGAUCUGAGAAGAAGUUCAUCUGUUUGCUCUGCAGGCGGUAUAUCUACAGCGGUCGAACCGAGGUGGUUUUCCAUUCUGUCACCAGGCAUCUGCUUGUGAACGAAAUUGAAAAUGACUUGUCGCACUACGGUCGAUUAACUGAUACAUUGAAACGCCAAAUCGGACAAAAUUUUGCGGACGGAAUGCGCAUACGAUCUGGCGUGCACUACAAGGAUGCAAAGCGAGUAGAGGCCGCGUUGUUUCGGUCAAUUGAACUUCAUAUCCGCUUUCGUCCAGCGGACCAAGCUGAAGCAAGUGGAAACACCACGCGUUAUUACUCGUGUUCUGGAUGUGGUGCGACUUUUACUGAGCCCCAGGUCGCUUACGCGCACGUGAACGAUGAACUCCGUGCCUUCCUCCCUGAAUUUAUGCGAGCCCGUUCAUGUCCUUGGUCGCUGAGUACUCGCGAAGAGUGGGUCUGGUGUGUCCCAGAUUUACCUUUGGAGCCGUUGCCUCCUAAAACUCCACGAUCUUCAUUUGGCUCCGAUGUUGGUGGAGGAACUACGUUGGUCUUGGGCGACAGAAUUCACAAACCUGAGGCACAGCAACCAGUGCCAACUCAGUCGUGGGCUAGCAGUGUUACUAUAUCCUCUCCAGCUACGACCGACACAGCGGCUGCCGUGGAGGUUGUCAAGUCAUUAGUUGCGGCUGCCGGCUUGUUACAAUCUGCUACACUUCCCGCGACAGAUAAGAUGUCUUUGUCAGUACCAACUCUGACGUCCCCUAUCAAGAUGGAAACAAAUGGGUCUUCCGAAGACUUCUUGGCUCAACCUUAACGAACUGUUCAUUUUUUAGCGGGGCAUUUUUUUAUUUUAUUUACCGGUCCUGUUUCCACUCUUUUUGCGCUGAUAAUCAUGUCUUUUCACACAGUCGUUAGUUCCUCUUAUUUCCUAUUCGACUCUGGUUUCUUUCCGAUGUCUUUGUUUUUCCUUUGUUUGCUCAUCUAUUCCGGUAAACGCGUUGUUG